AUGUUUUCCUCCGUGAAGCCAUAUGAGAACCAGCGCUACGCAUCUCUGAAGAAGGAGUGUCAGCGAAGGAAGCAGCUCUUUGAGGACCCACUUUUCCCUGCCAAUGACGACUCACUCUUCUACAAGUCAAGGAUUCAGGGCAUCCAGUGGAAGCGACCAAAAGAAAUCUGCAAUGAUCCACGUCUCUUUGUGGAUGGGAUCAGCUCCCAUGACUUACACCAGGGCCAGGUUGGGAACUGCUGGUUUGUGGCUGCCUGCUCCUCCCUGGCAUCCCGGGAGUCUCUGUGGCAGAAGGUAAUCAAGUCACACCAGAAUCAAGUAGGAGACCCUGAGAAACCUGAGAGCUAUGUGGGGAUCUUCCACUUCCAGUUCUGGCGUUUCGGUCAGUGGCUGGAUGUGGUGAUUGAUGACCGCCUGCCCACACUCCACAAUCAGCUCAUCUACUGCCACUCCAACUCCAAGAAUGAGUUCUGGUGUGCCUUAGUGGAGAAAGCUUAUGCAAAGUUGUCAGGCUGUUAUGAGGCCCUGGAUGGAGGCAACACAGCUGAUGCCUUGGUCGAUUUUACUGGUGGAGUCUCUGAACCUAUUGACCUGACUGAAGGGGACUACAUCGCUGAUGAAGCCAAGCGAAACCUCCUCUUUGAACGUGUGUUGAAGGUGCACAACCGUGGAGGCCUCAUCAGCUGCUCCAUCAAAGCCGUGUCAGCAGCUGACAUGGAGGCUCGCCUGGCCUGCGGACUGGUGAAGGGCCAUGCGUACGCGGUGACAGACGUGCGGAAGGUCCGUCUGGGCCAUGGCCUCCUGUCCUUCUUCAAGUCAGAGAAGCUGGACAUGAUCCGCAUGCGCAACCCUUGGGGAGAGCGGGAGUGGAACGGCCCUUGGAGUGAUACCUCAGAGGAGUGGCAGAAUGUGAGUAAAAGUGAGAGAGAGAAGAUGGGGAUGACGGUGGAAGAUGAUGGAGAGUUCUGGAUGACCUUUGAAGAUUUCUGUAAAUACUUCACGGACAUCAUCAAGUGCCGUAUGAUCAACACGUCCUACCUGAGCAUCCACAAGACCUGGGAGGAGGCAGUGCUACAUGGGGCAUGGACCAGAAGCAAUGACCCCUUGAAGAAUCGCUCUGGAGGCUGUAUCAAUCAUAAGGACACCUUUUUGCAGAACCCCCAAUAUGUGUUUGAUGUGAAGAAGGCAGAAGAUGAAGUGCUGAUCUCCAUCCAGCAGAAGCCAAAAAGGACGAGUCGCAAAGAGGGCAAAGGAGAGAACUUGGCCAUAGGCUUUGAUAUCCAUAAGGUGGAGCUGAAUAGGAACUACCGGAUGCACACCUUGCAGCAGAAGGUGGCCAGCUCCAUCUACAUCAACUCCCGCAGCGUCUUCCUGAGGACAGACCUGAAAGAAGGCCGCUAUGUCAUCAUCCCCACCACAUUUGACCCUGGUAACGAAGGCGAGUUCCUUCUCAGGAUUUUCACAGACGUGCCUUCAGAUUGCCGAGAGCUGACCCUGGAUGAGCCACCACACACCUGCUGGAGUGGGAUGUGUGGUUACCCACAAGUGGUAUCCCAGAUCCAUGUCCUUGCUGCAGCUGGACUCAAGAAUCAGGACUCACAAGGAGGAGCUGACCCUUAUGUAAUCAUAAAGUGCGAAGGGCAAAAAGUUCGCUCUCCAGUGAAGAAGAACACGCUAUCACCAGAGUUCGAUGUGAAAGGGCUCUUCUAUCGCAAGAAACCAGGACAACCCAUCAUUGUUCAGAUCUGGAACCACAGCUUAAUAAGUGAUGAGUUCUUGGGCCAAGUGGUGCUCACAGGGGAUCCCAGUGACCGGCAGUCAGUGCACACACUGCAUCUCCAGGACAAGGGGAACAAGAGGUCAAAUGAUCUCCCUGGAACCAUUGCUGUGAUGCUGCGCAGCAGUAACAUCCUCACUAAUGUCUGAGUACUCAAGGACUCUUCUUCUGGUGCCACAUAUGUGAAUAUAAACAUGCACAUAUA